AAAUGGACAGCGUCUCGGAAGAGACCUAGAAAAUAUCCAUUCUCUCUAUGAACCGAUGAUUGUUGAAUGAUGCAGCAGUUUGAACAAUAUCCUGGGCGGCCAUUUACAAUUAUGGGGGAAGUGAAUUUUUUGCAAGAUGAUGAUAAUCGAUUGGAGAUUACACGAGCUAGAUUUGGCAGUGUGAUUAAAAGACAUGGAGAUUUGACAGAGCGUCUUGCUAGGGAUUCUGACAAGAUAAUAUUUGAGCGUCUACAGAAAGAGUUUGAAUCUGCACGAGCUUCUCAAACUGAAGAGAUACGUUUAGAUGGGGAAGAGUGGAAUGAUGGUCUACUAGCUACAAUAAGAGAGCGGGUGCAUAUGGAGGCAGACAGAAAAGCAAUGCAUGGGGGUGCUGACAUAUUAGCAUGUCCUCAAGAAAAAAUUACAUAUAAAAUUGGAAACAAGGUAAUUUGCUGUUUGGAAGGGGCAAGAAUUGGUGUACAAUAUGAGACAUCUUUUGCUGGUGAACCCUGUGAGUUUUACCAUUGUGUGCUGGAGAGCAAGUCAUUUCUUAAAAAGAUGACUGUCCUUGAACACACAGUUCCAUUUUUCCUGCCUAUACGUGAAAUAGAAAAUGACCUUCUUUCAUCCAAUGCAAUGAAAUUCAUAGAUCACGUUGGAGAUCUGUUGCAGGCUUUUGUGGAUAGACGGGAACAGGUCCGUCUUAUAAAGGAACUCUAUGGAAAUCAAAUUCGACAGCUGUAUCAUAGCCUACCCUACCAUAUGAUUGAAUUUGUAUUGGAUGAUUUUGAUUGCAAGGUGACAGUCAGCCUUCGAUAUGCAGAUCUCAUUUCGGUGCUUCCGACUCGAAUUUCAGUUCUAGCCUGGCCGAUGUUCAAUAAAAAUACUACAGCAACUUUGAACAGAAAGGACGAUGGACUCUCAGGAAGUCAUUCUUCUCCAUUUCGCUUAACCUAUGCAGAAGAUGCCUUGCGAACCAUGAGUUUACCCGAAGCAUAUGCAGAGAUUGUAUUAAACUUGCCACAAGCGCUUCAGCAGACGUAUCAUCAAAAAGCCCCCUCCUAGAGCUUCGCCCUAUCAGUAGUCUAGAUUCAUCUGUAAAAAUUCUUUUUAGAAAUGUUAAAUAUUAGGAAAAAAUAACUUGAGAAUUAUUACCAAUUUACCUAACCAAAUUUCUCAUAGGCUGUACCAUUAUUGUCAUAUAGCAUUUGUAUUUUGCCCCUCGUUGCUUCGUUGCCUACUGUGUCAUGUAUCAUUAGUGCGACAGGGCUAGGUUUACAUCUAUUCAAACUGUUAUCAUUCAUCUCUUAAUAAUUCAAUAUAUAUGUAAUCUGGUUUCA